AUGAAUCAGACAACAGUGACUUAUUUUAUUAUUAAAGGGAUUUCAGAUGUUCCUCAGCUCCAGACGCCAAUCUUCCUUGUGGUUCUGCUCAUCUAUCUUAUGACACUUGGAGGUAACAUGACAAUUCUUCAGCUGGUCUGCCAGGAUCCUCACCUGCACACGCCCAUGUAUUUCUUUCUGGGCAACUUGUCUGUUCUUGACAUGUCCUACACAACUGUCAUUCUACAUAAGGUUCUCAUUACCUUCAUAUCAGGAGACAAUACCGUUUCAUACCGUUCCUGCCUUGCACAGUUUUAUGUAGGUGCAUCAUUAGCAAUUAAUGAGUUGUUGCUACUCACGGCCAUGAGCUACGAUCGCUAUGUGGCCAUCUGUAACCCGCUGAAUUAUCACAUAAUCAUGAACCGUGCAGUCUGUGUUCUGCUGUCCCUUUCCUGUUGGACGGUUAGCUUCUUAGAAGGUCUACCUUGUCUCGUUUUGUUAGGCCAGUUCUCAUGUUAUAACUCCAAUAUUAUCAAUCACUUCUUCUGUGACAUUGUUCCUCUAUUAAAACUUACCUGUAGUGACACCACUGCUUUUCAAACAUUGGUCUUCAGUCAAGGUCUAUUUAUUACCAUCCUAACUCCUUUUUUGCUCACAUUUAUCUCUUAUGUAUUUAUUAUUGGUACCAUCCUGAAGAUACAUUCCAGUUCUGGAAGACGUAAAACCUUCUACACGUGUUCAUCCCACCUCACAGUCGUUAUCCUACUCUACACGUUUCUCGUCUGCCAAUAUAUAAGACCAUCUGCAAAGGAUAGUUUGGAUGCCAAUAAGAUCCUAUUUCUGUUUAACACUGCUGGGGUCCCCCUACUUAACCCAUUGAUAUACAGCUUAAAAAAUAAUGAAGUUAAGUCAGCAAUGAGACGACAGUUGAAAACAUGUAAAGCUUUUAUCUGA